UCAACGACAACGUCAUCUGACGUUUCGCAGCAGAAUCCAGGAAGUAGGGAGUCGCUUGUUUUUGUCCGGUUGAUAGCUUCCUUCUAUUUUAUUCGUUACUUUCUGCGGGCUGAAAUGGCGACUUUCAUUUCUGUCCCGUUAAAGAAGUCGUCUGAAGUAGAUCUAGUAAAACCGCUUUCCAAAUUUGUCACGGCGACAUAUCCAGCGGGUGAGGAGCAAGGUGAAUAUAUCAGAUCCGUGGAGGAGUUGAACAAGCUGCGCAAGAGUGCUCUGGGGAGGCCGCUGGACAAACACGAAAGCUCACUAGAAAUCCUACUGAGGUACUAUGACCAGCUAUGUGCCGUGGAAGCCAAGUUUCCGUUCUCUGAAAACCAGCUGUGUCUAACCUUCACAUGGAAAGAUGCCUUUGAUAAGGGCUCAUUGUUCGGAGGCUCAGUCAAACUAGCCCUGGCCAGUCUGGGCUAUGAGAAGACGUGUGUGUUGUUCAAUGCGGCUGCUUUGGCCAGUCAGAUCGCGCUAGAACAAAACCUGGACAGUGAUGAAGGACUGAAGGCCGCAGCUAAAUUCUACCAGCUGGCCAGCGGAGCGUUUGGGCACAUUAAGGACACAGUGCUGUCAGCCCUGAAUAGGGAGCCCACCAUGGACAUCUCUCCAGAGACCGUAGGGACCCUCAGCCUCAUCAUGCUGGCUCAGGCACAGGAGGUGUUCUUCCUCAAGGCUACGUCAGAUAAGAUGAAAGAUGGCAUCAUUGCCAAACUGGCCAAUCAGGCAGCAGACUUUUACAGUGACGCCUUCAAGCAGUGCCAGUACAAGGAGAACCUGCCCAAGUAUUUCUAUUUCCAGGAGGUUUUGCCGGUGCUGGCAGCCAAACACUGCAUCAUGCAGGCCAAUGCUGAACUGCACCAGUCCAUCCUUGCCAAGCAGAAGAAACACUUUGGGGAGGAGAUUGCUCGCCUUCAGCAUGCAGCAGAGCUUGUGAAGACCGUAGCAUCUCGCUACGAUGAGUACGUCAGCGUGAAGGAACUGAGUGAUAAGAUCAACCGUGCUCUGACCGCUGCUAAGAAGGACAACGACUUCAUCUACCACGACCGUGUCCCCGAGGUCAAAGACCUGGAACACAUUGGCAAAGCAGCUCUAGUGAAAGCUACAGCCAUCACACCUCCGCUCAGCGCCAAGUUCACUGACUUGUUUGAGAAGAUGGUGCCCAUGGCGGUACAGCAGAGUAUGAGUACGUACAACCAGAGAAAGGCUGACACUGUCAACAGACUGGUCGGAACCAUGAGGGAAGCCACCAACCUCUGCAACGGUGUCUUGGCGUCUCUGAACCUGCCGGCGGCCCUGGAGGACCUAUCUGGAGAUUCUAUCCCACAAUCCAUCGCUGAUAAGGCCCGUGCCAUUGUUCAGCAGGGGGGGCUGCAGAGCAUAGAGCAGCUGAUCCGAGACCUGCCUGAACUACUGACACGCAACAGAGAGAUCCUGGAUGAGUCUCUGAAAAUGCUGGAUGACGAGGAGUCGACAGACAGCGAGCUGAGGUCCAAGUUCAACCAACGCUGGAACAGAACUCCAUCAGGAGAUCUCUACAAACCCUUAAGAGCAGAGGGGGGCAACUUCCGCAGCGUGUUGGACAAGGCUGUGCAGGCCGACCAGGUGGUCAGGGAGCGAUACAACACACACUGUGAGAUGAUCGCUCUGCUGUGUAAACCUGAGGCGGAGCUCUCUGCUGCCCUGCCGUCAGCCAACCCUGCUAAGACCCUGCAGGGCAGCGAGGUGGUGAGUGUGUUGCGUUCCCAGUUGUCCAAGCUCGAAGAAGUUAAGAAAGAAAGGGAGGGCCUGGAGGCGGAGAUUAAGGCGGUGACCUUUGACAUGUCCACCUGCUUCCUGACGGCUCUGGCCCAGGAUGGGGCCAUCAACGAGGAGGCGCUGUCAGUCAGCCAGCUGGACCAAUUAUACGGCAGCUACACCCAGAGGGUCCAGGCCAGCCUCCGCGCCCAGGAAGGGUUGCUGGGCAAUGUGCAGGCAUCUCACCAGGAGUUCUCCAGUCUGAAGCAGUCCAACUCGGAAGCUAACGAUCGUGAGGAGGUGUUGAAGAAGCUGGCCUCUGCCCACGACAGCUAUGUGGAGAUCACCAGCAACUUGAAAGAGGGCACCAAGUUCUACAAUGACCUCACCGAGAUCCUGCUGAAGUUCCAGAACAAGUGCAGCGAUAUCGUCUUCGCCCGCAAGACAGAGCGGGACGAACUCCUCAAGGAGCUGCAGCAGAGCAUCGCCAGGGAGCCCAGCGCCCCGUCCUUCAAUGUCCCCGCCUACCAGACUAACCCCACCGCCACGGCCGCCGGACCCACCCCGGCACCCAGGACCGUCUUCCAGCCCGAGGCCAAAGCCCCACCACCCCAGAGGCCCCCUCCUCCCACCUUCACCCCCCAGGCUGCCUCUGCGCCUGGCAACCCUCCCAGCAACCAGCCCCAAACAGGAAACCCCCCACCCAUGGCCCCUCCCUCGCAGGCCCAGGGACCGCCGUACCCCACCUACCAGGGAUACCCCGGGUACGCCUACCAGAUGCCAAUGGGUUACAACCCGUAUGCGGCGUACGGCCAGUACAACAUGGGAACCCCCAUGCAGCCGUUCGUCCCCUAUCAGCAGGGCCCCGUCCCUGGACAGGGGGGCUACCCUGGGGCCCCCCCAACGCAUCAGUCCCCCUAUCCCUACCAGCAGCCGGCCCAGCAAGCACCACACCAGCCAUACUUCCCUCAACCUUAACUCGUCUGUCCUAAACCUCCCUCAUCUCUCCUCCCCUACCCUAUCAACUGACAGCAGCCACCAUCCGAAUAUCUCCAGCAAUAACUCCCUUUAUCGCCCUCCCUCACCCUCCCUCCCUCCCUCCCUCACCCUCCCUAUAUCCAUCCCGUGUUCUUCCUUCUUACUCUCAUUGCACUUCAGCUAGCACUCCCCCCUCCCCUCUUCCAUUUGGCCACACUCAUCCACUAACCAGCUCCUCUCUUUGUUUAUUGCUCUUUUUUUCUUUCUUUCUUUUUGUUAUUAUUUUUCUAAUUGUUGUGGGUUUUUUUCCUCUUGACGUCGUCUCUUCCUAGUUUGACUAAUUGGUACUGGGCAACUGCAUGACACUAGCGGAGCGGUGAUACGUUCCGAGAUGAGGGGCUCAAUGAAUGAAUGUUCCCAGCACUCUGUGUUCUUGAGUCAAUAUUUCAGAACUCUGCGCAACGGGGAUGUGUGCAACUUGAACUUGUCCAAUGGGAGAUGCACAUUUUCCACGUCAGCUUUCCUAUGUUUCUCUGCUAUACACGACCCUCCUCUGAUCACCCCACUGAACACUGGCACUACUAUAUGCUAUUUUUUUAAUGAAUAAUACCAAUGAUAUAAUCCAGUAAAAGCCUGUAGGUUUUCUAAAGGAAAUAAUGACUGUUGAAGAUGUUCCCUUCCCACUUCCCCUGCCUCUGAUAUUUUCCUUCCUGCUCUCUGUCUGGGGAUCUGUCUUUCUGUCUAUUACAAUCAGAAUAAAGCUGUAAAUGGCUGUAGAUGUUUUCUGGGAUGAAGGUUAUUAUAUAUUUAGAGAGACUGUAUGUGAUUGACCUAACAAUGCUGCGUGUUUCUCUUUGGUUCUAAUGUAAUUAAAACAUUUCUGGAGACCAGA